UUCAAUUUUCUUCCUUUUUGUUUGCAUUCGUAAAGCAGCACUAGAACGUUUUUUUUCUUAUUACUUGUUGGCUGGUUCAUUUUGUAAGAAAUAAUGUGUAAGAAUUAGCUAACAAGAGUACUUUUUAAUUUAUUUUAGAUUAGAUAGCUAUAUAAUCGUGUAGAUAGCUAUAAAUAUAGCUAGCUAGACCAAUUUCGGUGCAACAGAAUGUUUUGAUUUUGUGUUUUGAUUUUGUAUUGAUGACAAUGAGCAUGUAUAUACACUCAUCGUUUUAGGUAGCAAGUAUAAAGUAUAAUAACUUAAUAGUAACUGCAGAUCAUAAUAGAUUGCAAAAGACAAUAUAUAAAAAUAUCUAAUAUUGUUUGCAAAUUUAACAUUUUAUUCAUAAGUAUUUAUGUUUUUGGUGUGAAAAUUGGAAACUAUAGCUAUAUUUUAUUGCAAAUAAAUUCCUCAUUAAUAAUUACAGAUAAAAUCUUUUAAGUUUGGUGAAAAACAAACAAUUUCCCCCAAAAAAUUAACAUGGAUUUUGGUUUUGCAAAUAAGCUUUAGGAAUUUUAAAAUUAAAGUGUAGGAAUGGUCCUAAUUAAAAGGGUUGCCUUUUCAGAAGGCUUAAUAUGACAUCAUAAUUUAUGCAGCGUAAUUAAAUCUGAAUUUCUGUAUUAUGUAAAUGUCUUGAGAACAAAAAGAGCUUUUUAAAAUGACUUGGUUAUCAAAUUUUUAGGCUCUUAUAAGUCCAACAUCAUUUUAUAUCUCGGGUUCCCUUUAAUUAUUCCAAUGUAAUGGAUUUGUGCUUGUUUUAACAAUGUUUAAAACUAAAUUAAUAAUGCAAGUAUAUUAUUCAUACCAGCAUUAAACCCAUGAAUGAUGUUAAACCAAGCUUCAAUUAAAGUUCAAGAUGCAGACCCUGAAAAAAACCACUCACCAAAAAUUGGUCUUCAAAAAACACAAUCAUUUGAUUCAGCUUCGUUAAAAAAGAAAAAAGGAUCAAAGAGUCCAGGGACAGCCAGGCGACUAUUACCAUCCACUCCAAGUUUUUUAAAGAACAAUAAAGAAAUAAGUAAAAGUACAGAUGAUGUUAAAUGUGAACCUGAAAAACAUGAGAGCUUGACAGCAAAGUUUAAAUAUAACAGUUUACCUCGUCGGAAAAAAGACAGUAAAUCACGUAGUGCUGGUUCGUCAACAUUUUAUACAACAGAUCAAAAACCCAGCCCACAGGAGCAAAGGAGAGACUCACAAAAUGAGACAAUAAAAGAAGUUUCAGAAACAAGUAAUAAUGGUUAUCAAACAAUGAAACGAAAAGAGUCUAAAGAAUCUAAAACACAAGAAAAUGGUCAUGAGAAACAAACGCAUGUUGCGCUGUAUAAGUUUUAUGCAAGGCAUAAAGAUGAACUUCCUUUUAUAGAUGGUGAUCCUAUACAAGUUAUAAAAAUGUUUGAUGAUUUAUGGUACGAAGGAAUAAAUCUUGCAACUGGAAAACAAGGUGUUUUUCCCUGUCGCUAUGUUGCUGACAUAAUGUUACGUGAGAUAUCAUCAGGGAUAGAGGAACCCUCGGAUCACAGGCAAUUUCAAAUGAGGUUUCUUGGUUCAGUUGAAGUUCUUGACUGUAAAGGUGAUGAGGUCUUAUGCUAUGCUAUUGCAAAGGUUGUCAAUCAAAGAAGUAUGCUUUCAACAUCAAAUCCGCCCUCUUGCUUUCUGCAAGUCAGCACAAGGGGGAUAAGAAUCUGCAUGAUAGAAAACGACAAUAAUCAAGACAUUGACCGAAAAGCAAAAAAAGGAAAAACUAUCGAAAAAUAUACUAUAAACGAAGAAGCGUCGCACCAUUUUGCGUUAAAGAACGUCACGUUUUGUGGAAACCACCCGAAAGACAGAAGGUAUUUUGGUUUUAUUACGAAACAUCCGGAUGAGUACAGAUUUGCGUGUCAUAUUUUUAUGUCAAAAUACUCCACGGACGAAGUGGCAAAGGUUGUAGGAAACUGCUUCGACACGUUUUACGAAAAAUAUCUCGAAUACAGGGCUCCAACAGAAGAUCUUUAUAUUGAAUAGUUUCAAAAACAUCCAUUGCGUCGGGCAGUACGAGACUUGUUUCGUGAUCUACUUUGCCUAAGUAAUAAUGGAGGAUCUCCCACAAUCGUAGCCAUGGUUGUGGUGUUUAUAUGCAAAUAAAGUAGGCUUGGAUCUAACUCGGUGAUAUCCAGUUCAAAAUAAAUGGAAAAAAUAGUUUAUGUAUUUCUAGUGGUUUAUAAACUAGGGCAUGAACGUGUUUUCCAGUUCGUAAAUUCGGCCUGGAUACUUUUUAAAAAUAUCUUUAUAAUCGCAUUUUUGUCUCUUCUUAGUGGUUUUGUUGUUUUUUGUUGUUAUUGCUGUUUUUGUUGUUGUUUUCUCUGUUUUUAAUUUCAUAUUCAGUUUUUAAAAGAAUUAUUUUAUAUUUUUUAAUUUGGAUUUAAAAUCUUUCUGUUGUACUUGUGGUUAUCUUCGUUUUCGUUUUGUUGUUGUUGUUGUAGUUGUUGUUGUUUUUGUUGUUUUUGUAUAUAUGCAUUGAAAAAAAGUAAAUUGUAGAUACAUUCAUUUUUUACACAGAACACUUAAAAAAUCCUAACGAAA